AUGAGCACCGACAACGAGACGGAGGACGAGCAGGCGCCCAUAUACACCACGCGUCGUACACGGAGCGCGCACGAGCUCGUUCGCAACGGCCCCUCCGGCAGCCGGCGCGACAGCACCGAUCCCGUUGCCCGCUCGAGCGGGCUUCGCUCGUUUAUCAAUCUCGGAGACGGUCUCAGCUUCCGUAGCCGGAGCUCGACCAAGGUGAACUAUGUCACGACUACACCCGGACAGAGGGGGCUCGGGGAGACAGAGACGGAGACAGAUGAGCCAUCCCGCCACCUCCCAAACACGCGCAUACUUCCCGCCUCAGAACCGCUCGUGCCCCCACACCUCGUCACAACCAUCCUCUUCGAAUCGUCGCGCCUGCUUGCUGUCGUACCCGCUCUUCUGGGCGCCACGCUGAACGCAUGGGCGCUCUACUCGCCUCCGGGAUCCGACUCAGAGUACUGGCACUACGGGCGCGAUGCACGUCUAGCUCACCACUCGAACGACGGAGGCACUGGUGGGGUCCCUAAAUGCGCGAAUUGGAGCAGAGGCGCGCUGCCCGACAGGGGCGACUACUUCCUCGCCGUGCUCUGGGCCCUUCUCACAGCCCACCAAUGCCUCGCACUCACCACCGGCCUCCUCCACCGCUGGCGCGCACUCUACCCCCCGCUCUCCACCCUCAUCCGCCUCCUCGCGCUGCAAGCCAUCUGCUGGCCCGCCACACACACCACCCUCCAGAUCCUCGGCGCCCUCGGCGGCGGCGCGCCCGCGCUCCUCGCGCGCCUGCACGCGCACGCCGCGCUGAACAUCAUGGAGGCGGAGCUGCUGCGCUGGACGACGGUGCGCCCGGCCGUGUGCUGGGCCGUUAUAGGCAGCACGACGUGCUUUAGCAGGAGCAUUCAGAUAUGGGUGACGAGCAACCUUCUUCCUCCGGCUGGCGCGAAGCCUAAGCCGUUGUUGUCGCCGUCGAAACUCUCUUCUUCUUCUGCUGGUGCUGGUGCUGGUGCUGAGCCCCCGUCGGGCGCGGGGCGGUUCAAGAUGAAGUGGAAGCUGAAGAACAGCGCGCAUGCGAUCGCGGGUGCUGGUGCGCCGGGCGGGAGACGCUGGGACUGGGCGGUUGUUGGGCAGACGUGUGUGCUCCCUGCGGGGUGUCUGUAUUUCGUGAUGGCAUGGGUGGACGCGUGGAGGCGGGAGAUGGGGAGCUGCUAGAUUAAUUGCGUGUCAUGGGAUGGCUCCGGGCUUGUGUUGCGACUGGCUCCGCUAUACCAGGUGGCCCGGGUGUGGACGGUUUUCGUUUUCGUUUUUGCGUAUCUUGUUAUUCUACUCUGUUGAGUAACUGCUUC